AUGUUAUCAAAGAAGCCAUACUCUAGGAAGGGUUAUGUUCGUAAGGCUAUUCUUGCUAAGGGAGUUGUUAAUAACAAGUUAUUCGUCACUGGAUCAGUUGUCAAGAAUUAUAGAGCAGAGCGGGAAUGGUCUGGUGAAUCUAUCUUUCAUUCGUUCCUUUGUUCUAAUGCUCGAGUUGGCACCAAUGGCAAGGUUUAUGUGAAGGGCUUUAGACUUAAAGUGUCCCUUGGAAGAAACAUGCAAAUUUUUCUUCCUCCUCAAGGAGCUAAUCAAGAUCCAGAACAGAUUUGGGAAGUGCCUUUAAAGAUUCGUAUAGCAAUAUUGUCCCAUGCCAAUUCUAUUGUUAAUUUUCGGGGACCACCUGAUGUUCGUAGGGUACAAAAUGUUCAAGUUGCUACGUCAGAGUCACAGUUUACUAUAUACUAUGGUGCACGUGUUCGUGCAACUAAUGAUGAUGAUAUUUUACAUGUUGCACAUGAUAAUGAUCCUGCUUAUGAAGAAGAUGAGCAACAACAAAUUUUGAAGAAAUCUCUUGAACCAGAAAAACAAAAAGCUGAUGAUCUUGCUUUGGAUCAUUUUUUAAAUAGUAUUUCUGAUGACAGAGAUUUACUAUUAUUUGAGAACUAUAAGUAUAAUCCAGUUGAAGAUUUGAGAUUAUAG